AUGGACGAAGACAGUGACACGCGGAAAAUCAACAGCAGCUUCCUUCGCGACCACAACUAUGCAACCGAAGCUGACAUUAUCUCAACAGUGGAGUUUAACUCAUCGGGGGAGCUGUUGGCAACCGGGGACAAAGGAGGACGAGUGGUUGUCUUCCAGAGGGAGCAGGAGAGCAAAAGUCAGCCGCAGCGCCGAGGGGAGUACAAUGUUUACAGCACAUUCCAAAGCCACGAGCCGGAAUUCGACUACCUGAAGAGCUUAGAGAUCGAGGAGAAAAUCAACAAGAUCAAAUGGCUCCCGCAGCAAAACGCCGCCUACUUCCUCCUCUCCACCAACGACAAAACAGUGAAGCUGUGGAAGAUCAGUGAAAGAGACAAACGUCCAGAAGGAUACAACCUGAAGGAUGAAGACGGCCGCAUUCGAGAUCCGUCCACCAUCACGUCCCUACGGGUGCCUGUGUUGCAGCCUAUGGAUUUGAUGGUGGAGGCGACAGCUCGGCGCGUGUUCAGUAAUGCUCACACUUACCACAUCAACUCCAUCUCUGUCAACUCCGACCUGCAGACGUUCAUCUCCACCGACGACCUCCGCGUGAACCUCUGGAACCUGGAGAUCACAGACAGAAGUUUCAACAUUGUGGACAUCAAGCCAGCCAACAUGGAGGAGCUGACAGAGGUGAUCACGUCCGCAGAGUUCCACCCACAGCAGUGCCACACCUUCGCCUACAGCAGCAGCAAAGGCUCCAUACGACUGUGCGACAUGAGGGAGGCAGCGCUCUGUGACAAGCACUGCAAAUAUUUUGAAGAGCCAGAGGAUCCUUCAACCCGCUCAUUUUUCUCGGAAAUCAUCUCGUCCAUCUCAGACGUGAAGUUCAGCCACAAUGGCCGCUACCUGAUGACCAGGGACUACCUCACCGUCAAAGUGUGGGACCUGCAGAUGGAGAACAAGCCACUGGAGACGUACCAGGUGCACGACUAUCUGCGAGGAAAACUGUGCUCACUUUACGAAAACGACUGCAUCUUUGACAAAUUUGAGUGCGUCUGGAACGGAUCUGACAGUGUUAUAAUGACUGGCUCAUACAACAACUUUUUCCGGAUGUUUGACCGGAACACGAAGCGAGACGUCACCUUGGAAGCAUCGAGAGAAAACAGCAAACCCAGAGCUAUCCUCAAGCCUCGCAAGGUGUGCGUAGGUGGGAAGCGGCGUAAGGAUGAGAUCAGCGUGGACAGCUUAGACUUCAGUAAAAAGAUCCUUCACACGACGUGGCACCCGCACGAGAACAUCAUCGCUGUAGCGGCUACGAACAACCUCUACAUUUUUCAAGACAAGGUCAAUUAA